AUGCCCUCUCGAAAACGCCCGCUCGCAGCCAUCGAAGGAGAUGACGGCGAAAAUGAGCCGUCCUUGCAGCAUCGCAUUCGUAAUAUGUGGCAGUUUGCAAAUCUAUGCCAAUGGAUUUAUAUCUUUGGCAAGGCUGCGAAAAUCGACGAGGCCAUUGACGUCGAGGAGAUCGAGGCAGAGUGCCUGAAACCAAACUCGACCAUGCUGGCAGAUAUUGCCCUUGCUCUUCUCAAACUCGUUUCGUCGCAUCGUGGUUUAACACACGAAAUCCUCGACGAUCAAAUGCGCAAGCAAUUUGCGAACAGAUCGCCAAAUUACAACCCUUUUGGUUCUGCCGAUGCACCCCAGAAAUUCAACGAUUUUGAUAUUUUUACAAAGAUUAAGGUCAUGCAACAGCUGACACAAUGGGUGAUGAUAUACCCUGAGCGUAUCCGCGAUAAAAUGGAAGAACAAAAGGAUGCCGAGCAAACAAAACCCUACGGUUGGGAUGCGAAUGAUCGAACGUAUUUUGUGCUCGACGACAACCGAAUAUACCGACUUACAGAAGCCCCGCCAACCGUCAAAACAGUCAAACCCAAAAAGUCAAGAGUAACAUAUGGCAGCCGACGCUCAAAUAAACGACGGCGCAGCAAUAUGAACGCCGAAGAAGAGGCGACCGAAACAGAUCAAGAAACGAAGGAUGAAAUGCUUUCGGAAGACGUUGGCCUCGGCGGGAUGAUAUGGGAAUGCCUUGCUGUAACUUUGGACGACGUACGAGCUGUUGUUGACGGCUUCCGCAAGACACGCGACGAAAACGAAAAGAUUCUAAGGGACCAGCUAGAAGAGCAUCUCGUUCCGAUUUUAGAAAAGCAAGAGCAAUCUCGGCAGCGGAGGGAACAGCAACGAGACCGCGAACUUGCAAACGCAGCCAAGAUGGCAAACGCGAAACGAUCAAGUCGAAUUGCUGGAAAAAUUGAACAACAGAGACAUGACGAACAUAUUCGAGAAGAGGAGCGACAACGACUCGAAGAAGAAGCAAACAGACAGCGGGGAGAAUUCGCACAGGCCAAGAAAGAAAAGGAGCGCGAGAAACGCAUGGUCUCGCGAGAACAGCGAUUACGAGAACGAGAGACCCGUCGCAUUCAACACGAGGAAGAACUUGCGCAACUCUCUGAGGACAGUAAGAAUCUUUCAAACAGUGGGCGGGUUUCCGAGCGUCGUCUCAAGGUAGAGAUCGAAAGAAACAAGAAGGCUUUGAAAGAGUUGGAGGAUGAGGAAGACGACUGGAUCUUCGACUGCACUUGUGGUCUCUACGGCCAAGUCGAUGACGGAGCCCACAGCGUAGCCUGUGAGAGAUGCAAUAUCUGGCAGCAUAGCAACUGUAUGGGGCUUAGCCAAGAAGCCGCCGACCAGCCAGAGUUUCAUUACAUCUGUGCUUCUUGCACUCGUCGAGAGGAAGAGGCCAAGCGGCCCAGACCAACCAUCAAACUAAAACUCAACCGCCCGACCAGUUCGGGCACAGAGCCAGAGAGACGUGAGUCUUUGAGUCGAAAUGGAUCUCUUACCAAUGCGGGGCAGUCCCAAAGAGUUGACAAGAUAUCGGAUGGAAGUCGCAAUACAGUCAAAAACAGCGUUGAAGAUGGCUUGGCUUUGUUGACAGGUACUACGCAUGGCACUACUGUCAAUAGCGCCGACUUCAUCAACACAACGAUUGACGCCCGUCCAGGGCCGAACAGGAGUUUGUUCGGCACACCCAAGAUGACACCGGUGAUUCCGGCACCUGUCAAGUUAGAUGCUAGCUUUCAGGACAGCCCUUCAGGCAGCGCGGCCAUGACCAGUCCAAUGACGUCUUUCCGGACACCCAGCCCUUCUAAAGGCAUCGACAGUUUUCAGGGGGAUAAGACAGUUGAGUCAGCGUUGAGUACACCUCAGAUCAGUCGCGAAAUUUACAGAGCAGCACACGAGCAGAACGGAACACUACCCUCUACCGCUGGGCUCUCUCCAACAAAACACUCGCCCCCUCGUCCGUUAGAUUCUGCCAAGUCAAGCAGAUUCAAGGCUGCUACUCCAAUAUUACCUCCUGUCGCACUAUCGCCGUCCCCACAACAUCAGAUUCUGACUCCGCCAACCAAGCACUCAGAGCCACCAAGGCCGUUCGAAAACCGAUGA